AUGAGUGAAUUUCCUUCUUUACAAAGAGAGACGACGAUUGCCGAAAAAAUGACUGAGAGGAUGAAAUCGCGGCACCGCCGAGCCGAAAAAACUUUAAAAUAUUGCAGGCAAAUGCAAUCAAAAAAUUUCCAAGUGUUAACGUGGUUGAUUUUAAUCUUCCUGUAUAUAACUAACAGCGUCGCAAAUGCACAAAAUUCAGAAUGUGGUCAAAUUUGUGCAAGCGGAAAUUGCAGAUGCAUUGGGGAGAAAGGUUCAAGGGGGCCUCAUGGACCUAUAGGUCCUCGAGGUGUUCAAGGUGUCAGAGGUUACCCAGGUCCCGAGGGUUUAACUGGGCCUAAAGGAGACAAAGGAAGAGCUGGUCCACCAGGUCCUUCUGGUCCUAAAGGAGACAGAGGUAAAAUUGGAAUUCCUGGCUAUCCUGGUGUUCCUGGAAUUCCUGGUAUUCCUGGAGAGCCAGGUCCUCGUGGUCCUGCUGGUUUAGAUGGUUGUAAUGGUACUCAGGGUUCAUCUGGUUUGCCUGGAAUACCUGGUUCUCCUGGAAAGACAGGACCUCCUGGAUUUCCUGGCAAUCCUGGUCGAAAAGGAGAUUCGGGCUUGGGAUUGAAAGGCUUAAAGGGUGAACCAGGAAGACCUGGAAUCGGAUUAAAUGGACCACAAGGUCCACCUGGUAAACAUGGUAUUUCUGGACCAGUAGGGCCAAUUGGACCAAAAGGUAGCAAAGGUAGCAAAGGAAACCAAGGUAUGAAAGGCCAUAAAGGUAUUUCAUUUCGAGGUGAUCCAGGUCCUCGAGGUCCACGUGGUCCACCUGGCAAGCCUGUAGUACCUCUUGACUUUUCUAAAUCUUUAGAAAAAACUGAAUUAAAAGGAGAAAAAGGAGAAAUUGGUGAUCGUGGUUAUGAAGGACUUCCUGGAGAAAAAGGCGAUCAAGGUCCUCCUGGAAUGGAUGGACAACUUGGAAUGAAAGGUGAAAAGGGAGUUGCUGGAAUUGCUGGUCCAAGAGGUAAACAAGGAAUUCCAGGUGUGCCUGGUCCAAGAGGUAUCAAAGGUGACAGAGGAAUGGAAGGGCUUCCUGGUAUAAGUGGACUUCCUGGCCUGAAAGGAGAACCUGGUAGAGAUGGUCCCCGUGGAUUUGAUGGUUCUGUUGGACCCCCAGGACCUCCAGGUGGAACUGUUGUUGGUCCCCCUGGAGAUCCUGGUAUACAAGGACCUCGUGGCUUCACUGGUCCUGCUGGUAUGAAAGGUAAUCCUGGUCCAGUUGGCCCUCGAGGAUUGAAAGGAGAAAUAGGAGGUCCUGGUAUACCAGGCCCCCCAGGAAAUCAAGGUAGAGAUGGACCAAAGGGAGAGAGGGGUGAACAAGGUUUUGAAGGUCUUCCUGGUAAAGAUGGCUUAUUAGGACGUCCCGGAUUCCCUGGUGCUAAAGGUGAACCUGGCCAAAAAGGAGAACCUGGAAUUGGAGACCCAGGAUUAGAUGGUAUUCCUGGUCGCCCAGGAAAAGAUGGUCGUCCAGGAGCUAAAGGAGACACUGGUCUCAAAGGACAAACUGGACCCCCAGGACAAACACUUGAUGGAAACCCAGGCCCCACAGGACCUAAGGGAGACAAAGGUGGUCGGGGCUUUAAAGGCCAGGAUGGUAUCAAUGGUCUGAAUGGGCUACCAGGUCCCAAAGGUGAUAAAGGUGGUGAAUGCAACUUUUGCCGACAGGGUAGUAAAGGGGAAAGAGGUGAUCCUGGUUUAGAUGGUCCUCCUGGACGAUCAGGUUUAUCUGGAAGCUCUGGUGAGAAAGGUGAACCUGGAGAACCUGGUGAAGAUGGUUUAUAUGGACCACCAGGAGAGCGGGGUUAUCCAGGAGAUUCUGGUCUUCCUGGCUCAUCUGGCCCCAAGGGACAAAAAGGAGAACCAGUUCAAGCUCCUGUCAUAAAGGGUGAAAAAGGAAAUGCCGGUCUUCCAGGUAUUGCUGGUCUUAGUGGAAAUAAAGGUGCAUCUGGACCUCCAGGGCCUACUGGUCCUCCUGGUUUAUCUGGACCAAAAGGAGAAAUGGGUUUUGCCGGAUUGCCUGGUGCAGAUGGACGUCCUGGAGAAGCUGGUCGACCUGGUAGGCCUGGAGCAAAAGGUGUUCCAGGCUAUGGAUUAUCUGGUCCUAAAGGCCAACCUGGAGAGCCUGGUCAACCUGGAGUGAGUACAUUGGGUCCAAAAGGAGACAAAGGUGAUCCAGGACGUAAAGGGGAGCCUGGUGAUAGAGGAUUCCCAGGAGCAAAAGGCUUGCCUGGCUUACCAGGGCCAAAAGGAUUUGAUGGCUUGCCUGGUCGUCCUGGACUUGAUGGUAUGAAAGGUGAAAGAGGACAAAAUGGACUUCCUGGAACUGCUGGACCAAGAGGUUAUAAUGGUCCACGUGGUGCAAAAGGUGAACCUGGCCUUGCAGGACUUCCUGGUGAAGCUGGAAUUACUGGAGCUAAGGGUGACAGAGGAUUUUCAGGUUUAAAAGGCUCAAAGGGACAAUCAUCAAAUGCCUCUGUACCUGGAUCCCCUGGGCGAAAGGGUGAAAGAGGCUUGGAUGGACUGCCUGGUCAACGAGGUCUUGAUGGUACUCCUGGCCAGAGGGGAGAUAGAGGUCCAACUGGUGAAGAUGGUUUGCCUGGUUUACCAGGAAGGGAUGGUGCCAAAGGAGAACCAGGAAUUGGACUCCCUGGUCGCCCAGGGCCACAAGGACCUCCAGGCUUAAAUGGAAUCCCAGGCUCCUCAGGGUUGAAAGGAGAACCAGGUUCCUCAGGUUUGCCUGGAUUACCAGGAAAACCAGGUCUCAAAGGAAAAGAUGGUCUGCCAGGACAACCUGGUCUUCCUGGAUUAGAUGGAGAACCAGGAAUUAUGGGUCCAGUUGGCAAACCUGGAUUACCAGGAUUACCAGGGAGCAAGGGAGAAAGAGGAGCAGUUGGAUUUUCUGGUGAGCCUGGAAGGAAUGGUGCCCCUGGUUUACCUGGAGUUAAGGGUGAGAGAGGAGAUGAUGGGUUGAUUGGACUGCCUGGAAGAAAUGGACUUGAUGGUUUACCAGGAAUGAAAGGAGCGUCUGGUCUGCCUGGUCUUUCUGGUAUGAAAGGUGAGCCAGGAAGAGUAGCAUCAAAAGGCGAGAAAGGAGAACCUGGACUUUCUGGUUUGCCUGGAGAGAGGGGCUUGGAUGGAACACCAGGAAGAGAUGGUUUACCUGGUAUUCAAGGAGAGAAAGGAGAACCAGGAAUUGGGCAAUCAGGUCUCCCAGGAGAAGAUGGACCUCCAGGUUUGAGUGGCCUUCCUGGUCAGCGUGGACCUGUUGGUCCAAAAGGUGAUGCAGGGCCUUCUGGAUUUCCAGGAAUGAAAGGAGAACCUGGUUAUCCUGGAAAACCAGGUCUAUCUGGCAUUCCUGGCAAUGAUGGUUUACCUGGACAAAAAGGUGACAGAGGCUUCCCUGGUCAAGAUGGCUUACCUGGUCUGAAAGGAGAACCUAGCACUAAUGGCUUGCCAGGUCUACCUGGAGAAAAGGGAGAAAGUGGACCUCGGGGACCACCUGGUCAACGUGGAUAUGCUGGAAUGAAAGGAGAUCGUGGUUUGGAUGGUUUCCCAGGUGCCAAAGGUAAUUCUGGUUUACCUGGAACAUCUGGUAUCCCUGGAGCUGAUGGACUUCCUGGUUUACCUGGAGAAAAAGGAAAUAGUGGUCUUCCUGGUUUCCCAGGAAGUGAUGGUGAAAUAGGAGAUAAAGGUGACAGAGGAUUUCCAGGUGAAAAAGGAGAUGAAGGCCCACUAAAUUUGGCUAAAAUCAAAGGCGAAAGAGGCUUCACUGGAAACACUGGACCCAAGGGAGACAAAGGAGAACAAGGUCCCAACGGUUUAAAUGGAAUUGAAGGACAAAAGGGUGAAAAAGGUAGUCGAUCUCGUUCAGAAAUACCUGGACUUAAAGGAGAACCUGGUUAUCCUGGUGCAAAAGGUGAACCUGGCCUGCCUGGUGCACCUGGCUUGGAUGGUCUUCCCGGACGAGAUGGUGUAAAAGGAGCAGAUGGAAGACCCGGCCCCCCAGGAAAUGAUGGUCUUCCAGGAGAGAAAGGAUUACCAGGAUUAUCUGGUGAGCCUGGGCUACAAGGUCAACCUGGAUUAGAUGGUCUUAAAGGUGAACCUGGUUUACCUGGAUUACCUGGUUUAUCAGGUGAAAAAGGUGAUUCUGGACUAAGUGGUUUACCUGGUGAAAAUGGACGAAGUGGUCUUAAAGGUGAAAGAGGAGACACUGGUCGACCAGGUGAACCUGGACCUGCAGUUAUGGGACCCAAAGGAAACAAAGGUUUGCCUGGUUUAACUGGACCUCCUGGCUUCCCAGGUUUGAAAGGAGAUACUGGCCUCCCAGGAAAUCCUGGACUGCCUGGUUUGGCAGGUGAACGUGGUUUACCAGGUGAAGCUGGUCUAACAGGUUUGCCUGGUGCCGAUGGAAGACCUGGUCUGCAAGGAAAACCUGGACUUCCAGGUACACCUGGUUUGAUGGGUCCUCCUGGCCCACGGGGCCCCGCUGGUCGAUCAGCAGCAGUUGGGUUCUUAUUUGCCCGACAUAGUCAAACAACAGAAGUUCCUGUUUGUCCAGAUGGACUCACAAAACUUUGGGAUGGUUACAGUUUGCUAUAUUUGGAGGGCAAUGAAAGAUCACAUCACCAAGAUUUAGGUUGGGCAGGAUCAUGUAUCAAGCGUUUCUCAACAAUGCCUUUCCUGUUUUGUGAUUUCAAUGAUGUAUGCAACUAUGCUAGUCGCAAUGACAAAUCCUAUUGGUUGUCUACAAAUGCUCCAAUGCCAAUGAUGCCAGUUGGCCAAAAUGAAAUCCCACCCUACAUCAGUCGAUGUGCUGUGUGUGACAGUUCUACUAAUGUUAUUGCCGUCCACAGUCAGACCCUUAAUUUGCCUGACUGUCCUCAAGGAUGGGAAGGUCUUUGGAUUGGAUACAGCUUUGCUAUGCAUACUGGGGCUGGUGCAGGUGGAGGUGGUCAAUCCUUGUCCAGUCCUGGCAGUUGUCUGGAGGACUUCCGUGCAACCCCCUUCAUUGAGUGCAGUGGCCAUGCUGGAACUUGCCACUAUUUUGCUAACAAAUACAGUUUCUGGCUGACCACCAUUGAACAAAGUCAGCAGUUCCGAGCACCACAACCGCAGACUCUCAAAGCUGGCAGCUUGAGAACCCGUGUUAGCCGAUGUCAAGUGUGUAUGAAAAAGAUUGGUGGGCGUCGUCAUCACAAUCGGGGAUUCACUGGACCUGCGUAA